AUGGAUAACUCUUUACAAAGUUCCAAACUUAUGCUUCUAUUGGCAAUUUCUUUUGUCCUAUUUCUUAACACAGAGCUGAGAUUUCUUACAGCUGCAGGAGCCUUAACAAUGAUAGCAAAGUAUGCUCUUUUCUAUCUUAUAUAUAUAGUGUAUCUUGGCAAAAGAGAACAUGAUGAUCCUGAACUUGUCACAGCUUCUCAUCAUCAAAUGCUUGAAUCACUUCUUCAAUUCAAAGAAGACGCACAUAACUCAAUGAUCUACAGCUACCAACAUGGAUUCUCUGGUUUUGCGGCACUUCUUACAUCUUCACAAGCAAAGGAAAUUUCAGAGCAUCCAGCCGUAAUCCAUGUUAUACCAAACCGGAUUCUGAAACUGAAAACCACAAGAACUUGGGAUCACCUUGGCCUCUCUCCAAUUCCAACUUCUUUUUCUUCUUCAUCAUUAUCUGUAAAAGGUCUUCUUCAUGACACCAACAUGGGCAGUGAAGCUAUCAUCGGUGUCAUUGAUUCCGGGAUAUGGCCAGAGUCAAAGGUAGUCAACGAUCAAGGCCUCGGACCAAUACCUAAGCGUUGGAGAGGAAAAUGUGAACCAGGAGAACAGUUUAACGCCACAAUACAUUGCAACAACAAGCUAAUAGGAGCUAAGUACUAUCUAAAUGGUCUACUCGCCGCGGUUGCAGGAAAAUUCAACAGAACAAUCAUCCAAGAUUUCAAAUCCACCAGAGAUGCAAACGGUCACGGCACACAUACGGCCACAAUAGCCGGUGGCUCAUUCGUUCCCAACGUGAGCUUCUAUGGUCUAGCCGGAGGUAUGGUCCGAGGUGGAGCUCCUCGGGCCCGCAUAGCCUCUUACAAGGCGUGUUGGAACAUAAUGGGAGACGAAGGAGGAAGAACUGAGGGAAGAUGCACAUCUGCUGAUAUGUGGAAGGCUUUUGAUGAUGCGAUACAUGAUGGGGUUGACGUUUUGUCAGUUUCUAUUGGUGGGAGUAUCCCCGAGGACUCCGAGGUCGAUAAGCUCGAUUAUAUCGCAGCUUUUCACGCGGUGGCUAAAGGGAUUACGGUUGUGGCUGCUGCGGGUAACGAAGGCCCUGGUGCUCAGACUGUUGACAAUGUUGCUCCUUGGCUCUUGACCGUUGCUGCCACUACUCUUGACCGGUCUUUUCCUACAAAGAUCACACUUGGGAAUAAACAAACCCUCAUGGCUGAAUCUCUGUUCACUGGACCGGAGAUUUCAACCGGUUUAGCUUUCUUAGAUUCAGACAGUGAUGAUAAUGUUGAUGUAAAGGGGAAAACAGUUCUUGUUUUCGAUAGUGCUUCUCCAAUUGCAGGGAAAGAUGUAGCAGCAGUCAUCUUAGCCCAAAAGCCUGACGAUCUUCUUUCUCGAUGCAAUGGUUUACACUGCAUUUACGCAGAUUACGAGCUUGGAACUGACAUUUUAAAAUAUAUACGUACCACCAGAUCUCCCACUGUGAGAAUUAGUGUGGCUACUACACUAACCGGUCAGCCUGCAACGACUAAAGUUGCUGCAUUCUCAUGUAGAGGACCUAAUUCGGUUUCACCAGCCAUUCUCAAGCCUGAUAUAGCAGCUCCGGGUGUGAGCAUACUCGCAGCGUUAAGUCCGCUUGAUCCUGAUGCGCACAACGGAUUUGGACUUGAUUCAGGGACAUCGAUGUCGACUCCUGUUGUUUCCGGAAUCAUAGCUCUGCUCAAAUGUCUACACCCUAAUUGGUCUCCUGCUGCAAUGAGAUCAGCUUUGGUCACAACAGCUUGGAGGACAAGUCCAACUGGAGAACCUAUUUUUGCUGAAGGAUCAAACAAGAAGCUUGAGACGAAUAAUAUGGCGACACCUCAUCCCGGGAGAGCAAUGAAACUGCGACAAAGUGCCAAAAUUAUGCCGCGCAUUGCCCUACCACCAUAUGCAUGGCAUGAUGACUUGUAG